AUUCAAAAUAUAAUAUAAAUUAAUAAUGGGAACUGCAUGUUAUUCUCAUUAGACAAGAAAGUAGCAUCUCAACGACAUUAGGUUCGGAUAGCAGAAUCUGAUGUUUAGGAUGGUAAUUUCUGGUAUUAAGGUUAAAAAUAUACAGCAGUAAAGUGCAUAUGUGAUUGUUAAAGUGAAUGAGCAUCUCUAUAAGACCACCAUGAUCAGAUAUACCAAAAAUCCACAUGUACUCUUACUCCUUUAGUAUAGUGGCCCUAAACCUUUACUUUUGAUUUGCACAUCGAUCCUCAAAGUAUGCAGACUCAAUUCUUUACACUAGUACAAUAUUCAAAUAUCCUCCCAAGCAAAUCCUCGACGAUUCAGACAAAGUUCAUUAUAGAAUCAAAUAUACAAUCUAUGAAAUUGCCAGCGGACCACAACACCAUGAUAUUUUGUUUAGUGUAAAUACUCUUUGCUAUUUUAGAACAAAUCCUCAAUUAUCUUUGAUAUCAAAGUGGCUCAAAGAUUGCAUUUUAAGAUCAACACCAAGCACAUUCGCUGUAUCCUGGAAGAACAAUUGGGUGAUAUAGCCUACAGUUUUCUAUUGAAAAUCAAGUCUCAAGAAAAUGAAUCUCAAUCAGCCAUCUCUCCAAAAUAUAUGAAUCCUACCUAUUCAUAAAAUGACGAUGUCCCCUAUAAGUAUCAGCACAUCAAAGGAGGCUCCUAAAGACAUGUCUCCACUAAAAAAGCACUAGAAGCUAAGAACGAAAUCCUUUGGGAAUUCAGAACAGAAGAUUCUCCAUCCAUGGAAUUUGACAUUUUUGCGGAUGAUUUUCAAAUAACUACCUUUGUUUUUGUGCUUUAUGCCAACAAAUAAACUAAAUUAGAAGAGUAUAAGCGAAUUGGUAGUACUUACAUCAGUUUUAAUAAAUUCUUUUACGAUAAUACAUCUCAAAUUGCACAAACUGACACACUCUUAAUUUAAGAGGCGUAGUUAAAUGAACAAUUGAUUUCUGAUGGCACAUACAUUGGAAAUUGGGCAGGAACAUUUAUCAUCAAAUCUAAUCAAUAUGUUAGUCAAUGCAGUGGAGUCAAAACUGAAACUGGAAUUGUGAAUCAAUCUACUUUAUUAUUGAAGAAGGCGAAAUCCAAAAAUAACUCUAAUAAGGAAGUGGAUUGGCUGAUUGGACUAUAAAUAAAAGUGGAAACACUAUCAUAGACCAUGAGGGAUAAAAAGAUCAAAGACUCUGAGAAAAUGAGAAAUGAAAUUCUAUCGACUUUGGCUGAAAAUCACAAUAUUAAAUAUCAGAGUGUUGAUGAUAUGUUACACAGUUAAUCAGUGUAAAUUAAGUUAUGGAAAUACUUAUUAGAGUAGAGCAGUAAAUAAUAAACAGAAAUGGUUAAGGAAAUUUGCUUUACUGUGCUCAGUGAACUCAUUUAUAGAGAUGAUAUGGAUUUAGAUCAUUUGAGUAUUGAUACUUAAAUAGAACGUAUUCAUAAUGCUUAAUUAUUUGUUACUUUAAUGAUUAAAGUUAUGCCUCUUUGUUUAUAAAGAGUCAUUGACACUUCUUGUUCAAAUAAAGAACAUGAUUUUUUUGUUAAAUUUGCUGUGCUCUCCUACUUCAGAGUACCUCAAUUUAAACAAGCUCUGUUUCCAGAGAUUGAGAAUCUCUCAAUUCAUAAAUUUUAUGAUCUUGCAUUCUAAAAUGAAAAAGGGUAAUAAUUAAAAAAAGAAUUGGAAUCAUUGAAAUUAGAAAUGCCAGAUUAAUAAACUGUGCAUUUCUAUUAUCCUUUUGUAAUUUAAUGGGUUAAUUUUGUAUAAUCUAAGUUUGGAUUCAAUGUCAAUUGGCAAAACAUACAAGGAUAUGAUGAGAUUGUCUCAUUGUUACUAUCCAACAUUUAAUUAAAGAAUCACAAAUUCAUUGAAGCAUCUUGUGCCAUAAUCAACAAUUCCAUGUUGCUUAGCAAAUUCAUUCACAUAUUGUUCAAUCAAACAAGAUUGUACGAUGCAAUCCAAGUGUUCAAUACUCUAAAUAUCGUGGACGUUUGGUUACAGAUAGUCAAUCAAAAUUACCAUGUUUUACCUACUAAUUUUGACUAUUCCUUUUUCUUCAAGGGAAUCAAACUAAUCUUGAAUGGAGAUCAUGCUGUCUCUAUUAGUAAGAGUUUAUAAAUCUUAUAUAAUAAUUUCCAUCUCAUUACAAGUAACAUUCAUUAAUUAUAUUAAUCUAGCUGAACCAAAAAAGGAAUUAUGUGAUUUCUUGUUUAGUACAGACUUAUUUUUUAAAAUUUUCAUGCAUUGGAGUCCCUUAGUCAGAAACACAUUUAUACACCUAUUGAUUUAUAGAAUACAACAUCGUCAUAGAUCUUUGCAAUCAGGAUUCGAAAAAAUAAGAGACAUCAACAAGGAACUCCAAUAUGCAUUCUUCAAAGAUUACUCCUAAAAGGAAAGAGAUCAAUUGAUCAAUGAUAUGAUCUACCUUAAAUAUUCAUACAUCAUUUAAAUUAUUAGGAAGAUUUACCAACAAUUUUAAUUGUAUAAUGGAGGCAAACAAUAUGUCCAGAAGGUCAUCUAAGAAAGAAGUUUAAAGGCCAAACUUAUAAGAAAAAAAGCUAAAGAAAAGAAAGAACAGCAAAUACUUGAUGAUAAGCAGAAUGAAUAAGAUUCAACUACACUUAAAAAUUCAUCCAGAAAAAGUGAACUACCAGAAAUCAGUUUCCAAUCUUAAGUCAGCAAAGCUUAAAGUGCCAUUGGAUUUGCAGAAAAACCAAACAACUCUAUGAAAUCUCUUGAUGAUGGCAAUCAAAAAGUAGAAGACGAAUAAGUACCUGAUAAUACUCCCAUUUAAUCGGAAUUCUAUUAGAGUUUUUCUUCAUUCAUUGAUCUUAAUAAAAUACUUUAAGAAGUUGAAUAAGAAUAAGAAAAUGAAGAAAAUAGAAGGAGGUUACCUAAAAAAUAUUCAAAUAGAUGCCUUUCCCCCAAAAAUGUCACUAAACAACAAGAUAUGAAAAUAUUAACUAGAAAAUUCCCUGAACUAGAGUUUGAAAGCUCAGGACUCAAAGCUUCAAAUCUCAAGUAUCUCUAAAUUGCUUAUUAAGAAUACACAAUAGUAUAAAAGGAAUAUUUAAGGUACCUAAUUAAUCAUAGUUAGAUGGAUCAAUCAAAUGAAAUCAAAUUAAAGAAACAUCAAUUAAUUUGAUCAAGUCAAAGAUCAUUAGGUUCCUCUUUUAGUGAUCAGAGUGCCAAAGGAUGAAUCGAAUUAAGAAGCUCCUUAAAGUGAUGAUUGA